UGUAACGGCACUUAUCGAUCAUGUGCGUAAACGACUGCAUUUUAGGAGGCAGGACAGGAUGCUUUGCAUGGAAGUGUUAAUUUUUGUGAACCAAGUUAACAAGUGCAUAAACAUAGCAUUUUGGUUAAGUUACUGUUAAUCCUUCUAUAAUUGUCUACGCCAUGGCAAAAAGAAGUGGAAAAUUAUAUCGUCAACGGGAUAAAUUGUUAGAACAACUUUCUGCUGAAUAUGACGCUGAAGCAGGACCCAGCAGAGUGUUUUCAUCAACAAUUGAUAAUAUCUCGCAAACUGGUCGUGUAAGUUCAUUAUUUGAGUCCCAUCUCCCGGAUUCAGAACAUCCGGGCAGAGAAGAUCCGGCCAUCAUCUUCCCGGAUAGAUAUGGCAAAAGAAGGUGUCUCGAAAAUUUAGACGAGGAUACAUUUUCCAACGAGGAUUAUUUUAUUGCGCUAUCUUCAGAUAGUGAAACCGAUGAAAACGAUGUAAAUAUGGAAACUGUAGACACCAAUAAGUCUAAAAAAUAUCACAAUUGUGAAAAUCAUGAGGAUGUCAAAGAUUGCUUGAGACAUUUUGCCAUCACCCGAAAUCUGCCUCGAGAUACGGUUAAUGAGAUGUUGGAAAUUUUGAGAAGUAACACCAAUAUGGACCUUCCCAAAGACUGUCGAACCCUUCUUAAAACGUACGCUAAUAUUGGAAAAGAGAUGCAAACUAUACAAGGUGGGGAGUUUUGGUAUAAAGGCAUCGAGAAAUCGUUGCAAAAUUAUUUCAAAUCUUCUACUCCAUGCGCAGAGCAAUUUACGAUCCAGUUCUCUGUUGACGGCCUUCCCCUGCAUAAAAGUGGACGAAUGCAAGUUUGGCCCAUUUUAAUGAAAGUGGAAGAGGUAAAAAAUGCACCAAUAAUGAUGGUUGCUGCAUUUUGUGGUACCGAAAAACCGAGAAGUGUUGAAGAAUACUUACGUCAACUUGUGGAGGAAGCAAACAAACUUUAUCUUAAUGGAGUUCGCAUAGGAGAUAAAAAAAUCAAUUUUCAAAUCCGAGCUUUUAUAGCAGAUUCUCCUGCAAGAGCAUUCAUAAAGUCAACAUGCUAUUUUAAUGCUGUACAUGGAUGCUUAAGAUGCACUUGCGUUGGUGUGUACCAUCCCACUGGCCAUAAGGUGGUGUUCGAUUGUGUCGGGGCUCCAUUACGAACCGAUGAUGGAUUCCGAGAUAGGGAAUGCAUUCCACACCAUCAGCCUUUGCGAUCGCCUCUAGAAGAUCUGUUGCAUUUUGAUAUGAUUGAACACGUUCCUACGAGUGACCGUUUGCAUUUGAUUGAUCUUGGUGUAACUCGAAAAAUUAUCUGUGGAAUAUGGAUCGGAAAGUUUGUAUUCCUUUCUAGAUUGUCUGAUGCUCAGAAGGAGUUUGCAACGAAUUUUUUUACUGCGUUGCAGCUUCCCUCAGAAAUCAAUAGGAAAAUUCACGAUCCGUAUUAUAUGCACAAAUGGAAGGGCACGCAGUUUAGAACAUUUUUGCAUUAUUGCAGCGUUAUAGUUAUGAAAGAACUUGUACCUGAAAGGGUAUACAAUCAUUAUUUACUCUAUUUUUGCGGGAUUACUAUAUUUUCUACAAAAUUCCAUCGCAAGCAUUGGAAAACUGCAGAGGUGUUCUUAAAUGUUUUUGUCCGUAACUUUGGCGCAAUAUAUGGUAGUGAACAUGUUACAAGCAAUGUUCAUAACCUUCAACAUAUUGCUAAAGAUGUUGAAAAUUUAGGACCAUUGGAUAAUUUUUCAAGCUAUGAUUUUGAAAACUAUCUUGGCAUUUUAAAACGCUCUGUACGUUCCGGAUUUAAAUGCGGUGUACAAAUUGCUGCUCGGUCUGAGGAACGUGCUAAUGUGCAUUCGCCCAAUCAUUCCGAUUGUCAAUAUCCUCGGAUAGUAUACAAUGGGAAUGGGAUUCAAUUAACUGCCAACUUUUUGUUGAGAGCGUCAACAAGAGAUGAAUGGUUUUUAACCAAACGUAACGAAGUCGUCAAAUUUAUGAAACUUAAUACUAAUCCCUCGUUGGUCGUUGUUGGAAUGCGAUAUGAGUAUGUAACUGAUGUUUUCCAUAUACGUCUUAUUGAAAACGAUGAGGAGAUCGAAUUAUCAUCUGCAGAUAUCUACAUCUACGAGGCUGACGAUUGUAUACCUACAGCAGUAGAAGAAUUCUCUUUGCACCAUAUAAGAUGUAAGCUGAUAGCUGUGACUUCCCCGGCAAACCCUGGAUUAAAGCAGUUUGUCCCUCUUUUGCAUACUUUUGUUAUUGACAGUUAAAAAUAUAAUAAAGAUGAUGGAAAAAAGAUUGAAUAUUGAUAAUUCAUAUAGUUCUGUGUUUAUUUUGACGUGUGUUGGCAAUGAGAAAAUAGAAACACACUUAUUUUUAUAAUAUUUCCCUAGUAUUUCACCACCCGCUCAUUCACCUACGAUUAAUUACAACGCGUGCAUGGUUUUUUACAGUAUCCCUUUCUAACAUUUUUAUAGUUCUUAUAAUUACUAUGAGCGUUUUUUAAUUUUUUCUUCAUAAAUUCUUCAACUUCGGCAUCCGUUACAAGGAAAAUAUUUUUUAUAGCUACUUGUUUGAAUAACUUGAAUAUUCUAGGAUAACUAUUAAAUGCAAUUUUCGUACAUUGUCCACCGCCCCGCCAACAACACUGCACCAAAAAAACUCUGCUAAAUAAUAAUCUUAAACAAUCGUUCAUUAUAGAACUAGGUUCUGUAUAACCUUGAAACUUACGAAUAAGACCAUUUGCCAUAUUGUUGAACGAAUCAGAAGAGCCCAGAAGUAUUUCAAAUUCAUCCAGCUCUACUUUUGAAGUAAUGUGAGGAAACGCUUCAGUGCAAUGUGUCAAUCUAGAUUGUGCCCUAUUUUCAACAAAACUAUCAAAUUGUAUUCUCAGAGUGGAAACGCAUUUUUUAAUGAUUGAUAAUUCUUUCGUGACAUGCUGCUCAAAGCCAUCUCGAGAAGAUGAUUGCGGAUCUUUAACGAGAAAAGCCGUAUUUUCAUAAGUGUUGGCUGCUUGCAAAUAUUUCUGAUGCCUUUGGUCGGACAUUUUUGACGACUGAAUAGACUGUGUAAAAGAAACCUCAUUAUCAUUGACAUCAGUAAUUGUCGAACGUACUAGGCAUCUAUCAUCGGUAUCAUUUGGCAAUGGCACUGGACGUGGGGAAUGAUUUUCAAUGACAUUUUCUUUGUGUUCUGUAGGACGAAUAACGCGUUUGUUGUUGCUAACAUCUAACGAGAGAGUUGGCUGGGACAACGAAGCCUCACCCGCACUAGUAGUGGGACGAAUAACGCUUUUGUUGUUGCUAACAUCUAACGAGAGAGUUGGAUGGGACAA